AUGGAUAAUGUGGAAGUUGGAGAAUAUUCUGGCCUAGAAUCCUCCUUGUUGCACAACUUUCGACACCUCCCCUUUGUGCGGAAGUAUUUUUGCAACCAGUGUAGCUUUGCAACUCAAAAUCCCCGGGAUCAUCUCGUUCACCUGCGGGACGUCCACUUCUGUCGCAUCCAAAUUUACGAGUGCCCCUAUUGUCUGUACGCGUCCAAGUACAGCCAAAAGUUGGGUCGUCACAUCCGGAUGGUUCACAAAGCAGAGAGCAAGGAGUCUGACGUCAAACUUGCUCAUCAGGUGAUAGAACAGGUGAAGGAACUCAAGCGACUUGGUGUUUCUCUUACAAAGGCAUCUUCGACGCCAUCUGUCAGGCCCAGAAUGGAGGAGACCUCGAAAACGUAUAACUGCUCCGAGUGCCCGUAUGUGACGAGGAAUAAGAGCCUCUUCACGAAGCACAUGAAGAGGCACUUCGAGAAUGAGCUGUUGGGUGGGAACGAGGGACAGAAACAGAGGGAAGCAUAUACCCGAGAUGAAGAUUUGGAAGCUUUGACGACAGAUCUCCUGGAGAAUCUGGAAAACGAAGUGCUCCUCGCUCCGCCUCCACCAGUUGAAGAUCUCGAUGAUAUGGAGACAGGACUGACUCAUGAAAGCUUAUCCGCGAAACGGAAAUCCCCAAAGCCCCUACCCCCUCUCAUCCCUCUCGUCACUGGAAAGCAGAAAGAGGAAACCGGUGGGUCAGGACAGAACGACCCCAUAGGUUCCAACUUCGAUGACGAUGUGAUUCCAGUGGAAGAUAUGGAAGAAGAGAUGGCUGUUCAGAAUGGGAAAGAUUCCCAAGGUGGCAAACACGGCGAAGACAGGGAUUUUUUGGACGAGUUUUCCCAGCUGCAGGAAGUGGACCGGAUUUGCAAGACGUGUGGCCACGAAUCCCGCUGCCUCUCUGAAGCCCUGAGACACAAGAAGUUGCAUUCCCUGUCGGCCGGAAACCAGUCCAGCGUCCGGAGAGGCACCCGCUGUCAGUACUGCCGGAGGCGAUGCAAAACAGAACUGGAUCUCAUCAACCACGAACAAGAGUGCGAAGAGAAGAAGAAGGUCUGCGAAGGGAUGGACGUCCAUCCCCAGGACGAGACGGUGGACGGCCGGAAGACGAUCCUCUGGUCUCGGCUCAGUGAGGGUCCGGGCACUUCCUUCGCUUCGUCGGACACCCCUGUUCGGGUCAUAGAAAUUCCGACUCAGCGGCAUGAGGCGACCAGCCUUCGCCGGGUGUACAAAUGCCCUUUCUGCUCUUUCUGGGCGCAAAUGGCCUCAAAAUUCCACAUCCACUAUGUUGGACACUUGAAUCAGAAACCCUUCGAAUGCUCUCUUUGCAAGUACAGGUCAAACUGGAAUUGGGAUGUCAAGAAGCAUAUCAAGCUGAAAUCUGAGCGAGAUCCUGAGCACAGGAAUGCCAAAGUGUACAUCACCCACGAUUCCGGGAAUAAGAACUACGAGAAGUAUGGGAAGUACAUGGCGGUGAUGGACAUCAAAGAUACCGGAAAGAAGCACGGACACGAGGACGAGAGAUCUACGUUAAUAUCCACCCCGAAGGGAACAUUACCACCCUUACUGAAAGGGAGUAUAAGGACCCAAGUGGGACCGAGCGGCGGGAACAGGAUGUCAAGCAUGCCUCCUCUGCUGAAGAAGGGCGAGGGCCCCAAGAAGCCUCCCCUCCCCCUCAAAUUCCCUCUGUUCCGUAUGCAGACACAAGCCAAUCCAGACGGCGUCCAUGUGUCAUCGGCGCCCCAGUUCUUCCUUGUCUCCACCCCGACCACGUCGAACGCUGGCGCCACUUCGCAGACAUUCAUCGGAGCCAGUCAAUACGUGACUGUGAAGGAUGAGCGAGAGCCUCCCAGACCGUCUCAGAAGCGAGCCGGGGACUCGCAGCACCAAGGUGACGGGCCCACCCUCAAAAGGCCCAAUUUGGCACAAAUUCAAGGGGCCAUGAAAUGUAGUCGUUGUAAAUUUACAACUCUGGAUCGGAACGCGAUGAAAGGACACCUUCGGACCCAUCUGGAAGACAGUCGUGAUUUGGACGGUGGGAAUGACAGAAGCAUGAACGAGGACAUAGGAUCCGAUCUCUCUCAGUUGUUUGCAUCUGACCAGGACUCGAUGGAUCAGCUCCCACUGGGUUCAGACGUGGUUGAAAACACGGACUAUUUGCCCGAAGAGAGAAAAUAUCAAUGCCGUCUAUGCCCGUAUUCCUGCCCCCGUCGAGGUGACAUGAAAGCUCAUUCUAUCCAGCACAGAAAACGCCCUCACGCCGACUUUAAGUGCCCCAUGUGUCCAUUUUACGUAUCCAAACAAAGGGCCCUGCACCAUCACAUGAAGCUGCAUGGGAUCGACAGCCCCCAACUGUUCGCUGGUGAUGGGGACUCCCCCCUGAGGGAAGAUGUGGACAUGGUGGAAGUGAAGGAGUACGAGGACAGUGAAGGAGAAGGGGGGAAGGAAGGGGGUUCCAGUGAUGCCAUCAGGGCUUGGCACUGCCCCGAGUGCCCGUAUACAGCCACGACCAAAUCCCAGUAUUAUUAUCAUCGCCAGUAUCACAAGCCCGGGCUGUCGACUCGGAAGUGCAUGUACUGCUCCUUCAACACUGACAACGAACGACUUCUGUCGCAGCACAUGUCCCAACUCCACGAACACCAAGGAGACGAGGACAAAACUGCGAGCGCGGGAACCCAAAACGAGAGCGUGGAUGGGGACAUUCCCCAAGUCUGGGUAUGCAAAGGCGACCAGUUCUGUAAGAUGUUCAAAUGCAGACACUGCCCUCACGUGAACAUGCGAAGGAGCAACAUCGUGGAGCACGAGCGCAUGCACGGCGCCAGAGACCUAAAAGGAGAGGUCUUCCGGUGCCGGAUCUGCAACUACACCUGCGGGAACUACGGGGUCUUGUCCGUGCACUUGAAGAUGCACCAGAUGAGCAAGUCCAGGACGAUGCAGAGCCAAGCCCCUGGGGAAUCCCAGCAGAAAGGUCCCCCCAGACCCCGUCGAGAGGGGAGCUUUCUCAUGCAUUUCUGCAGCAUGUGCCCGGCCCGGUUCAAGGGCGCCAAGGAGAUCAACGUCCACGUCAAGUUCCACGGCGCCGCGCUGCCCUAUCCGUGUGAGUUGUGUGACUAUGCGGCACAGCAGAAGACUCAUCUGCUUGCCCAUGCCAAAGUCCAUACCUCGGAAUAUCGGGAACGGACUCUGCGAGAGAUACAAUACUGCCCCUUCUCUCCGGAUUUCCCCAUAUCCAAAUUCUACCAGGAAGACGCGAAAUUCGACGCCGCCCAUGAGAACGACUAUCAGACGAAGCUUCAGAAGAGCAUCAUCAAGAAUUCCCCGUCUGGAGAGAAGAUUCUCGGCUGUCCUCAUUGCCCCGGGAAAUUCUCAAAGAGAACGACCCUGAAUAGACACAUCGCCCUGCACGGCUCCAAAUAUCCACACAAAUGCGACCUGUGCGACUAUGCCGUCUCCACGCGGAAUCACCUUGCCAAGCACCAGGGGCUUCAUCACGGCCUCGACGUCCGGAAGAAGUUCAAGAAACGGAGGAGGGUGUUGAAGGAGGAAAACCUGCCGGGACUCUGGGGCUUGGAUACCAUGGAGCAGGCGGAGGAGGACGACGAUGACGUCCCCAUGUCCGGUAUCGGGCUGAUGGAGAAACUCCAGAAGAUGGAGAGCCAGCGGAACGAGGGUGAUGGGGAGGAGGUGGACGACGAGUCCAGCCCGACGGUGGUCGAGGACGACCCCAACGGCACGGACGCCGUGCUCUUCAACGAGGACCUCAUCUUCCCCGACAAGAUCCACGUGGGGCACCGGAUCAAGCGGUUCUACACGUGCCCAAAGUGCCCGACGGUGAUCCAGAAGAAGGAGAAGUUCAAGAUCCACGCCAGGCUUCACGGCGCCAGAUGUCGCUACAAGUGCCAGCUCUGCGACUACGCCGUGAAGCAGUUCAAUCACUACGCCCAGCAUCUCAGGAAGCAUGCGGAGUCUGGGGACGCCAGAGCCGUGGAAAUCCAGGAACAGAUGAACGACAGUUACUCCAAUGUCUACAAAUCCUCUCCGCGUACUGACGAAUCCCCAUUCCAAGCCUCAGGACUCGCAGCCGCCUUGGAGGUGACUCCCAAGAUCGUGAUCAAGAAAACGGAGACGAAAGCCCCGAACGAGAGUCACAAGACGGUCUAUUCCGUCUCGACCCUGAGCGAGCCAAGGUCAUCUAUCUCGGGAGACGCCAAGGAGAAGGGGAAAGUAGAGGCGUCCGCGGGUCCGAAAGCCACCACCACCGUGCGCAGCUGCGAAGAGCCCCGCUUCUAUUCUUGCCCCUCCUGCCCCUAUUCCUCCGCGAAGCGGGACCACUUGAAGAACCACUCCGGGAGGCACGAGGUGCCAACGGCGCAGACAGGCAUCUUCUUCUGCCCCUAUUGCAACUACUGGUCCCAACAGGCCAGCUUCGUCCGGGACCAUGUGAAGGUCCACUUCAAAGCGGGCCGGGUCCCAGAGAAGCCCCUCGCCUUCGCCGACACGGACGAAUUCGAAAUCUGGUGCAUCGAAGAGCAAGAGAACGCGCACGAUUCCAAAGAAUCCUGCCUGCUGAAGGCCAACACAGACGCGAGGGAAGUCCUCCUCGACCGCACAGCUGACGAGCAGCUGCAUCAGUUCAUCGACGUUGCCUCGGGGGAGGAAGUGCAACUCCGGAACCCAGUCCCCGUCGCGACGGCCGACAACGAAUCGUCGAAAGUGCGUUGA